AUGAUGAUGGCGCAGUCGUUCGCUGCCCAUCAAGGCAUGCAGCAACAUCCUGGUCUGCCUCCUGGUCAUCCUAUGGCUCACGCUCAACAUCCAAAUGCUAUGCACCCCGGCGCUGGAAUGAUCCAACAGGUACACCCCGGUGUGUCGGCUCCCGGAGGACCCCAAGUCAGUCAGGCUGGCCCCAUGAUGGGCGCCAUGCCUCCAGGUGCUACGACUGCUGGUCCUGGGGGUCCGGUACCCAAUGCUCAUGCUCUCUCCCACCUGGGCCCGACCCAGGCGCAUCUCUUCCAGCAGCAUCAAUUCCCGCAGAACUUCGCGAACAAUCCCCAAUUACUGCAACAACACCAACAGCAGCAAUUGCUCCGUCAAAGAAUGAUCCUUCAUCAGCAACAGCAGCAACAACAACAACAGCAGCAGCAACAGCAACAGCAACAGCACGGAGCCCUCCCCGUCUCAUUACCCAAUGGCACCCAAGGCUUGAACGCGGCUCAAAUAGCGGCCAUGCAGGCAAAUCCCACGAUGCGACCGGUCAUUCAACAGAUGCCCCACGGACAGCCUCAGAUGCAGGCAUCACAGCAACAACAAUUACUCGCACUCCAGGCUCAACAGGCACAGCAAGCGCAGGCUCAGCAGGCGGGCAAUGCUGGACAGCCCGGCCAGCCUACACCUCAGCAACGUGCCACAGCACAACCUCAAAACAUGCAUGAAGCACAGAGCGUCACCCCUCAACCGCAACCCGGUCCGCCCCCUCACCAGGGAAGUAGCACGCCGCAGUCGAAUCCGCCUCAACCGCCGUCUCAACCCCCGGCACCACAGGCGGCAACCUCCCAGCCGCAACCGACUCCGAACCCGCCCCCUCAGCAACUUCCACAAUCCCAGCAACCGAUGCAGCAGCCGCAACAUACUCCGCAGCUACAGCCGCAACCGCAUCCGCAUCCGCAGCAAGGUCCGCAAGGCAUCCAGCAGGGUCCGCAGCCCACGCCAGCCAUGACGCCUCAGGAGGCGCAGCUGAAAGCGCAGCAACAGCAAAACCUCAUGUUGCAGCAGCGCAUAGGCAUGAAGAGCACGACGACCUUGUACCUUAACGCCUUCGCAGAGCAGUUGAGUAACUUUAGGAGUCGCGACGAAGCCCAAGACCUUCUAUAUUGGCAAGAAUUUGUUGACCGGUUCUAUUCGCCCGGAGGCGUUUUGCGACAGGGUGUUUACAACCGUCAAUCCGGUUCCAAGCAAUUCGAAAUAUCGACUCCUGCCCUAGCACGCUACUACCUGACGCAAUUCAACAGCGGUAUCCGUCAUAUUCAGAUGCUUGUCGAGGGUGUGCGGGAGACUGCAUCUCCGAGCGGUGGUCACAUUGUGGAAAGCGCAAAGACUUCAUUUAUUUACUGGUUCACGAAUGAUUCACAGUUGUUCACGAAUGGGCGGUUACGGGCGUACUUUGAUGCCAACCAUAAAAUCGAAAUGCUUGACAUUGUGGUUAUGAAUCAUACGGAAUAUCUUCCACGGCCUCAGUUGCAGGCAUUGGAGCAGGCUGAGCAACAGAAGCAAAGUCCUAAGGUGACCAAGAACGCGGGAAAACGGGGCCAGCAAAAGCAAGCAAAUACGCCCUCUUUCAGUUUGCCCGAGUCGAUGGUGACAGAUCACGGGGUUCCGAUUGCAGUAUUGAGUUUCCUGGAGGUCGCUGAGACCAUCUCGCAAAUGCAAAUGUUGUUUCACCACUCCCAACAAAAUCCUCAGAUGUCUGCUACGGAGUCACUACGGAAUCUCGUCAAUACCCUACAAACUCAAACCCUACAAACUCAACAGACUCCUAACCUAGGCUUCAUGCCAACACCCAUGAAUCCAGCAUUACAACCGGGACAACCCCCACGAGGACCUCCAAUGAAUGGACCGGCGCAAUUUGCAUCACCGGGGAUGCAUCCUCUAGGGUUGCCACAAGGCUCGCCACAUAUUGCCGGCUCAGCACACGCUAGCCCGGCUCCUAGUCACUUGGCCGCGCCUGGCAUGGUCCCGCAAGGGCAAAUUCAGCCCAAUGUUCACAGCGCCAGCGCAAGUCCUAACGUGAGCAACAAACGGCGGCGACAAAGUGCAAUCAAAGUCGAGGAUGAUUCUGGGGCACCCGAGGUCAACGGGACUGGGCCUCAAGGAGGAGCCAAGGUGAAGGCUAGUCCUCGAGUGACCAAAAAGCAAAAAGGCGGCGCAUAG